CAGAGGCGAGCAAGCGAGAGCCAUGGCGGCGUUGGAUCUGUCGAAGCUGGUGAAGGAGAGGAAAUUCUGGGUCGCCUCCUUCCUCGUCGCAUGGGCCGCCGCGCUCCAGGGGCACAUGAUGUGGGUGCAGCGGCAGGACGCGUUCAAGGACAAGUUCGGGGACCCCGACGCCCCCAACAAGGUCACCGAGGCCGACCAGCCCGCCGCCCCCGGCGCCGACGGCCUCGCCAGGGAGGCCACCGCCGACGCCGAGUUCAGAUAG